CUUUAGUGAGUAGUUUGCGCUUCCAACGAGCGGUUUGAAUCUGUUGUUGUUUGGCUGUCGUCCCUUCUCGAGCUAAUCGAUCUAUACGAUCGAUCGAAUCCUGCAUUAGACGAUCGCCAACUUUAGGCUGUACCGUUACUAUUUAUCAAAGAGUUGAAGUACUUUCUUGAUCCUUCGAUUUUUUCGGGGAUUCAAAACCUAAAGUUACUUCUGGAACGAAUUCCUGCGAAGGACUCCCCGAAAUGGACUUCCUAGCUUACCAUCUGCUGCUUACUUCCUAGAACUUGUGAGUGAAGCCAAGGUUCGGACUGCCUAUUUUGGACACGAGCAAGCUUGAGCGAGUGGAGAAAAAAAGACAAUCGAACUAAGAAGCUGCCCGUUGAGGAAGUACCCGUAGAUAAGUAGUGUGAGACCUCGGAAGGUCGCUGAGUCUGAGAGUCUGGCGCAAUUAGUGGGAGUUGGUGACCUUUGUCGGCCGAAUGGCGGAGGAAGACAAGCCGGCAUGAAACAGAAACAACCUUUGAGACAACGUCAGCAUCAGCAUCAUCCGUUGCAGCUCUUCUAGAUGAAAGACCACCUCCAGAAUGUCUUUCCUACGAAACAUAAGGAACAACCUCAAAUCCUCGAGUGACAAUCACCGCGGCGGCAAUUCCAAGACGCGACCAUUCUCCGCAAACCAAGAGCCCAUCUAUGGGGCAACUUCGAUCUACGGAGCAGCAGAUCGCCGAAACAGUGCCUCAAAUGGACGCCGUGGAAGCAGCUCAAACAACACCACCAUCCGUAGGGAUCAGGAUCGAUCGGGUCGCUACGGAAAGGAAAAUCCGGCCCCGAUUGUAGUCUACGUGGACAAAUACGAAACGGUGAAGAAACCGGCCGGGAUUUUGAGGAAGAAUACCUUCACCAAGGGUGAUCCCCAGCAGCAGUACUACGAUCGGCACCACCAACAUGAUGAGGUGGAUUCGGGAGGUGAUCGGCAGCAGUUGAAACGAUCGAAUGGGACUUCCGGCGAUCGGGAAGAGCGUGGUGGAAAUGCCAUUAGCAGAAGCGAUACUUUUACGAUUGCGGAAUCGGAAGACGAACAACGAACGAAAAAUACGAGCACGUUCACCCGAAAGAAGAGUAAAGAUAAGACUCCGGAUCGCACCACUACAAAAGGAAAAGGAAAAAACUCGACGAGCGAAAAGCUCCCGGUUGUCAUCGAUUCUGGAACCUAUAGGAAAAAAUCCAUCAAAACAUCGAAACCGGUUCAGAAGGUGGAAAGUUUCAUCAAAAGAUUUGAGAAGAGCCUCUUCAAGAAUGACUCCAAGAAAAAUGGCCGCAAGGAUUCAAACUCUUCGCAGGGUUCCUAUGUACCCACAUUCAGAGACAUCGGCAUCAAUUGUAAGUUGGACGAAGAAGAACGAUCGUCUACGAUACGAGGAAGGAAGAAACGAGGAUCAAGAGAUUCACUCCUGGAACAACAUCAUCAGGAGCACAGCUCUUCUUCGCAGAGAAGCUACCGGGAUCGCAGCACUACGCCACAGAUCAAGCGACGGGAAAGGAGCAGUUCACCGACGAAAAAGUACGCUACUUUUGAUAGGAAGGAUAGAGGAGUAUCGCCAAUUGCUCCCGAGAGAUCCAAAACCAGAGCAAAGGACCGAAGCGUUUCUCCAUUCGAAACUUUGGAGCUCAAAUCGAAAUCGGUUGACAAUGACUAUCUCAAGGCACGUCAGAAGGAAAUCGAAAUGGGUUACAGCACUGUCAACAAGCGACCUUCAGCCGAUCGUAACAAUAAGUCUAUCCUGGUAAAUUCAAGCCGUACGGAGCGUUACGAUCCGGACAAAGGACAUUCAUACACGGUUACAACCAGUACUCAUCGGGUGGAGUUCGAUCGCCCAUCGGCCCAAUUUCGAUCGGAUACCUACAAUACCCUGAAGGAAGAAUACGAACAGGCUAACCGAAAGCCGGUGGGAAUUGCUAGUCCUCGUCUGAACGCAGAUCGACCUUUGCUGGGCCGUAGCCCUUCGCCGAUGUCCAAACAGCGCAAGGACUCCGCAGAACUGCCGAAGUACACCUUCGGAACGAAUCUACAGGAGCGACGUAGCAGAUUCCAGGAGUUCCAGAAGUCCUUCACCAAGAUAGACGACAACAGCAGCGCUGAAGUGUGCUAUCAGCAAAGUUUCUUCGUGCCAAUCUAAUCUUAUCAGAUGUUAUCAAAACCCAGCAGCGACUCAGUAAUCAAACGAAAGACUCCAGUCUAACCCCUUAAUACGCUUCCGAUAACGACCAACCUACCUACUAAGUACUUAGUUAACUCUCAGGAACUAAACAAUUCCAAAAACUGAUGAACGCAAAUAAAGAAAUCAUUCUCAGUACCAACCUUAAAAACCCAUA